GGGCGACGGCAACAUGCGGCGGCCAAACAUCUUGUUGACCGGUACUCCGGGUGUUGGCAAAAGCACCCUCGGCAAAGAGCUUGCAUCGAGGACGGGGCUGACCUACAUCAGUGUGGGUGACCUGGCAAAAGAAGAAGAACUGUAUGAAGGUUUCGAUGAGGAGUAUGAAUGCCCAAUUUUGGAUGAAGACAGGGUAAUUGAUGAACUGGAAGACAAAAUGCGUGAGGGUGGAGUUAUUGUUGAUUACCAUGGCUGUGACUUCUUCCCUGAACACUGGUUUCAUAUAGUAUUUGUACUUCGUACAGACAACUCAUUUCUGUAUGACAGGCUUGAAAGCAGGGGCUACAAAGGGAAAAAGCUACAAGACAAUAUUCAAUGUGAAAUUUUUCAGACUCUUUAUGAGGAAGCUAUGUUGUCAUACAGAAAGGAAAUUGUACACCAGUUACCCAGUAACACUCCUGAAGACCUAGAGAGAAAUUUGGAUCAGAUUGUGCAAUGGAUUGAGCAGUGGACAAAGGACAACAAUUGAUAAUUUAUGAAAAAGCAACUCUUCUGAUUUUGAUUGGGAUAUACUUAAUUUUCUUCUUUUCAGCUUCCCAUGCUGCCCUGCUACCACAGAUCGUGAAUUAUAGAAUGGCUUGGUUUGGAAGGGACUUAAAGCUCACCUAGUACAGUGCUGUUCAUGUAACCAGCUACUUGUUGGACCCCUCCAUCACACCCAUUAUCUAUGGUCUCUCUUUUGAUCAGUGUUCUCAUCAGGAUUCUCAGGAUAAAAUAUUUCCUGACUCAUUUCUGUCUCUGUAAUCUGGUUUAGGGGUUCCAGACCUAGCUUCUGUUUAUCAGCUGAUUUAUCCAGACUCCAAAAUUCUGGUGUGCUUUCUGAGACUAAAUCAAGACCUAUCUCUUGUUCUUUUUUUUCUAAUUCAGACUUCAAAACUUCUUUCUGAUCUAAUGCAUCUGACAGUGCCACAUGAAGUUACUAACUGGUAUUUCAUUCAGCAGUUAAUAGACUCUGCAGGCUUUUCACUUAUUCCUGCAAGGAUUUAAUCAUUUCAUCACUAGUUUAUCUAAUCAAAUAUGGCUCUGGACUGUCACCAGUGCUGCUUCCAACACAGUAUACACUGUGGCUUUUCCUUUCUCUGUCUGCAAUUUUCAUUCUUUUGCAAGUGUUGUGAUUCUUUCCACUACAGUUUUGGGAUUGUGCGAGUUGUUCUCAGCCCAAACCAUUCCCGGUGAGGAAGGGCAAACACUGUACCUUUUCAGCUUUUCAGUAAUGGGAGCAGUCAAACACUAGCAUUCCCUGGGUAACCGUGACUUGCCACUGCUCAUGCCUCUCCCAGUGUAUAGCCUUCCUGGUGUAUAGCUGAGAGGUUGCUUCCCAAUACUUCCUCCCCACAGCAUCAGGUAGAAUAUCAGUAUCCCUCAUACCUCUCUCAGCGUAGAGCUUUGCUGGCAGUUAGCAGGAUUCCCUCAGUUUUGGAAGGUCCAAAGGCUACCUCUCAGCUACAUGCCAGCCUGCCAUGGGCCAGGUUGCCACCUAGCAGAUUAGGCUGCCCAGGGCCCCAUCUUAUCUGACUGUGAACACCUCCAGGGAUGGGGCAUCCGCCACUUCUCUGGGCAGCCUGUGACAGGGCCUCACCAUCUUCUGGGUGAAGAAUUUCUUCCUAACGUGUAACCUAAAUUUUCCCUCUUUUAGUUUAAAGCCAUUCCCUUUAUUCUGUUACUAUUAGACCAUGUAAAAUCAAUCCCCCUCCUGCUUUUAUAAGCUCUCUUCAAGUAAUGGAAGGUUACAGUGAGAUAUCCCUGGAACCUUCAUGCUAAAUAAGCCCAAUUUUUCUCAACCUUUUUUUCAUAAGAGAUGCUCCAGCCCUCUGAUGGCGUUGUGACCCUCCUUUGGACCCACUCCAACAGCUCUGCAGUCUUUCUGUGCUGUGGCCCCAGGUUUGUACAGAGUGCUCCAGAUGGGGCCUCAUGAAGGCGUAGUAGUGGGGAACAGUCCCUUCUGUCUAUCUGCUGCCACCCCUCUGUUGACGCAGCCCAGGAUACAGUUGACCUGGUCCUCAAGAGUACACUGCUGGAUCAUGUCCAGCUUUUUAUCCACCGAGACCCCUAAGUCCUCUUCUGCAGGGCUGCUCUCAGUGAGUUCUGCUUCUAGUCUGUGUAUAUGUCUGGGAUUGCUGUGACACAAGUGCAAUACUUUGCACAUAGCUGCGUUGAACCUCACUCAAUUCGUAUGGGCCCACUUUUUCAAGCAUGUCUGAAUCUGUUUGGAUGGUGUCCCUCCCUUCCAUUGUGCCAACUGCACUACUCAGCUUAGUGUCAUCAACAGACUUGCUGAGGGCACACUCAGUCCCACUGUGUCAUUGAUAAAGAUGUUGGAGAAUGCCAGUCCCAAGAUGGACCCCAGGAGACACCACUUGCCACCAGCCUUCAUCUAGACACGGAGCUGUUCACCGCAGCCCUCUGGCUGUGACCAUCCAACCAAUUAUUUAUCCACCCAAAAGUCCACCCUUCACAUUCCUAUCUCCAAUCUGAAGAUAAGAAUGUGUUGUGUGAUCAUGACAAAAGCCUUGCACAAGUCCAGGUUGACGAUAUCAGUUGCCUUUCCUUUGUCCACUGAUGCUGUCACGCUAUCAUAGAAAGCCCCCAGACUGGUCAGGCAGGAUCUGCCCUCGAUGAAGCCAUGCUGCCUGUCUCAGAUUACCUCCUCGCUUGUGCUUCGGUAUAGCUCCAGGAGGAUCUGUUCCAUGAUCUCCCCCAGCACAGAGGUCAGAACAGGCUGAGGUUCAGAGGAAACUGGGAGCUGACCCAAACUGUCUAUGGGUGUCUGGGUAUGGGUCCCAUACUGUGUACUGACACUGAGAACAGUAAAUCUGGGAAGAGUUGACUGAAGGAAUUGCAGUGUGUUACAUGUUCUCUAUGAUGUGGGUUUUUUAAAUCAUUGUUAUUAAAUUGUAUCUCAACCCUC